AUGAAAUUGGAAUUCACGGAGAAGAACUACAACAGCUUUGUGCUGCAGAACCUGAACAAACAGAGGAAACGCAAAGAGUACUGGGACAUGGCCCUGACCGUGGACCACCACGUCUUCUUCGCCCACCAGAACGUGCUGGCCGCCGUCUCCCCGCUGGUGAAGAGCCUCAUCUCCAGCAACGACAUGAAGACCACCAACGAGCUCUUCAUCACCAUCGACCCCAACUACCUGAGCCCCGCCACGGUGGAGCAGCUGCUGGACUACUUCUACAGCGGCAAGGUGGUCAUCUCGGAGCAGAACGUGGAGGAGCUCCUGCGCGGGGCCCAGUACUUCAACACGCCGCGCCUCCGGAUCCACUGCAGCGACUUUCUGAUCAAGUCCAUCCGGCGAGCCAACUGCUUGCACUACCUCUUCCUGGCCGAGCUGUUCGAGCUCAAGGAGGUGUCGGACUUGGCCUACUCCGGCAUCCGUGACAACUUCCACUACUGGGUCAGCCCCGAGGGCUGCGCGCACUUCAUGCGCUGCCCGCCCGCCAUCUUCGGCCGCCUCCUGCGGGACGAGAACCUGCACGUGCUCAACGAGGACCAGGCCCUCAGCGCGCUCAUCAGCUGGGUGUACUUCCGCAAGGAUGAGCGGGAGAAGUACUUCAAGAAGUUCUUCAUGUACAUCAACCUCAACGCCGUCUCCAACAAGACGCUGACCUUCGCCUGCAACAAACUGAUGGGGAUGGAGAACAGCUCGGCCCACGCCACCAUGAUCGAGAGCGUCCUGGUGGACCGCAAGCAGGAGAAGCCGUGCAGCCUGCUGAGCUACCAGCGGAAAGGGGCCCUGCUCGACUCCGUGGUCAUCCUCGGCGGCCAGAAGGCCCAGGGCAAGUUCAACGACGGGGUCUUUGCCUACAUCAUACAGGAGAACCUGUGGCUGAAGCUCUCCGAGAUGCCCUACCGGGCGGCGGCACUGAGCGCCACCUCUGCCGGCCGCUACAUCUACAUCUCCGGCGGCACCACGGAGCAGAUUUCGGGGCUGAAGACGGCGUGGCGGUAUGACAUGGAUGACAACUCCUGGACCAAGCUGCCCGACCUCCCCAUCGGGCUGGUCUUCCACACCAUGGUGACCUGCGGGGGGACGGUGUACUCCGUGGGCGGGAGCAUCGCCCCGCGGCGGUACGUCUCCAACAUCUACCGCUACGACGAGCGCAAGGAGGCCUGGUACCUGGCGGGAAAGAUGAGCAUCCCCAUGGACGGCACGGCCGUGAUCACCAAGGGCGACCGGAACCUGUACAUCGUUACGGGGCGGUGCCUGGUGAAGGGCUACAUUUCCCGGGUCGGGGUGGUGGACUGCUUUGACACCAACACGGGGGACGUCGUCCAGUGCAUCACCUUCCCCAUCGAGUUCAACCACCGGCCCCUGCUCUCCUUCGACCAGGACAACAACCUCUGUGUGCACAGCCACCGGCAGAGCGUGGAGAUCAACCUGCAGAAGAUCAAGGCCAACAAGACGACCACCACGGUCCCCCUCCUGCCCAACUGCUGUCCCUUGGACGUGUCCCACGCUAUCUGCUCCAUUGGGGACAGCAAGGUCUUCGUCUGCGGGGGCAUCACCACGGCCAGCGACGUCCAGACCAAGGACUACACCAUCAACCCCAAUGCCUACUUGCUGGACCAAAAGACGGGCGAGUGGAAGAUCGUGGCCCCCCCGCCGGAGGCGCUGGACUGUCCUGCCUGCUGUCUAGCCAAGCUACCUUGCAAGAUUCUUCAAAGGAUUUAA